AUGGAACCAGUGGCUUUGUUAAUAAUUCUCAUCAAUUCUCUAAAGGCCAGUGCGGCUUAUGAAAUUCCAUUGUCUUCGGAAAAUAAUCAAAAAAAUAUUGAUUUCAUCUCCAAUUACACCGAAUUCCUCUACGAGAGACACAAUUUCGACACGUUUUUAAUAUUUUGUGACAACUGCUCCCAUUCCUCGGAAUCGGCAAUUGGUGAAACAAAUUUACCACAAUAUCUUAUGAGAGAUCUCCAAAUACCCCUCAUCAUAUGGGGCAUGGAACGCAGAGUUCGUUUCAAACAUCAGUUGGGUUUGAAUAAUUUGGUUUUUAUCUAUAUUCGCCAGCUAAGGGACCCCCUACUGAGGGUGGCCAGUGAAACGUUGACAGAUUUACAUUUCACCGCCAUGAUGGUGAUUUUGAAAACAGAGACCAUACCCGAUUCUCGUGCAAUAAAGGAUUUCUUUGAAAAUUGUUGGGCCUUCAAUAUUAUCAAUGUGGUAUUGAUAAUAUUCCAUGGCAAGGAGACCAUUGAGGAUUUAAAGAUUUUUCGUUAUUCACCUUUCCCCUGGCUGGCAUUUGAAGAAGUAGAGGAGGUGGUAUUUGAUGAGAGAAUGAAUUUUAUAUUGGAAUAUAUCAACGAUACGAGGGGCUAUGUCUUUGAUACACCCAUUUUUAUGAAUCCGCCGAGUGUGUUUUUGACCCCCUAUGAGCAACAUCACAACAACAUCAGCUAUCCCUACAUCACUGGUACGGCAGGGAGAAUAUUCCACGAAUUCACCCAUUAUGUGAAUGGGACCAUCAACGUUGUCCUCAACUGCAACGUCAGCUUUUAUUCAUAUCACAAGGAAACUCUGCUACUGGCCGCCCUAAAAGUCAUCGACAUUGGUGUGCAUCCAUAUUCCGGCCUGCUACCUUAUGCCAAUGAGACCUCGGGUAGUUAUCCUAUUGGGUACACAAAUGCCUGCAUCAUUGUGCCGGUUAUCCCUGAAAUUCAUCCAAGCGAUUAUAUUUAUCGGUCUCUGCAGCCAACUAUUUUGGGAAUUCUAUUCCUAGAGUUGUUGAGUCUCUUUCUGGUGGAGCUGCUACGUCUAAGGACCUUUGAUUUCGGUGAGGGGGUGAUAUAUGCCUUUGGCACGUUACUAUUUCAGGCCAUGGAGCCACAGCGUUUUCAACAACGUAAAGUAUUGCUAAGGGUCCUCCAUCUCCUCGUUGUCACCGUGAAUGUUUUGGUGGAGAGCACAUUUUGUGCCUCCCUCACCUCGCUGCUCAGCACCACGGUGUACGGAGAUCAAAUUGACACCCCAGAGGAUCUUCUACGUUCCGGCCUGCAGAUAAUGGUAAAUCGCUAUGAAAAGGAAAUCUAUUUUGACAGUGAACUGCUUCCGGCGGUGCUACGGCCCAGACUUUUCCAGGUCAAUGCCACAUUUUCGUCGUGGAAUAAAAAUAAACUCAACACCAACUAUGCCUAUGUGGCCACCUCGAUGGAAUGGCGAAAACUGAACCUACAACAGCAGCUGUUGUGGAAACCCAAAUUCCGGCUGGCCUCAGCUGGUGACAUGUGUACGGCCAGCUACUUCUUGAGAUUCCCCAUGCAAUGGGACUCCCCCUUUCACAGUGCCCUCAUUAAAUUCUUUUUUGUCAUCCAGGAAAGUGGCCUGCUCAAGGUGUGGGAAGAUCGCAGCAUAUAUCAUGCCAUUUCCCUAAAUCUACUCUACUACAUGGACAAUGACAAGAUUCCUGGGCAAUAUUUCGAUUGGACCUAUUUGCAGAAGCCGCUGCUCAUCUACGGCCUUAUGAUGUUGGGCGCCAUUGUGUGUUUCCUGGUGGAGUUAUGGUUGUAUCAAAGAAGAAACUAA